AUGUCUCUCCCACGCCUCAUCACCAAGAGCAAAGAUGAUGGCUACUCUCCAGUAGUCUCGUCACCGCUCAACCCUGAGAGCUGCUACCAGACACCAACGUUCCAGCAGUAUAAGACUCAAAGAAGAAUCACUUUAGCUGGACGUCCAACUUCAAAGCAGAGGAGCCCUACCCAGCUUCUGAUGAGGAACAAGGCAGCCAUGGCUUUCCACCACCACGCUAUCGCAGUUAGCCAAUCUAGGGGCCAUCAUGACCUAUGGGCGGCCAGCGGCGAUAUCGGCGCCGGGAGGAGAAGGCCGUCAUCGCACUUGGUGCACUUCGGCGCAGAAGGGAGGACGCUCCGCUGCCCAACCAAGAUUUCUGGCAGGAACAACAUCAGCAGCACUAUCAACACGUCACCCCCAAAACAAGCAAUAUUCCCCGCGCCCGUGGGUGUCUCCUUCGACAGUCUCAUCAGCAGUUCCGUCUGCGACGAAGAUGACGAUGAUUUCGAAAUGGAGGAAGAAGACAAGGUGCAUCUGCUGACGCUGCAGGUGGACGGUGACGAUUUCACGGUCGACUUUUCCGGCGUCACCAUCGACCGCAUGCCAACAAGGAAUCGCACGACGACGAUGACAACGACGACGGCUAGGGCAGUGCUCAUGCCAAGGCCCCGAACCAUUCGGGAUGUGUUGGCGACCCCUGGGAGGAUGCUGGCCGGGCUUGUCGUCGUCUGCUGCUUAUUAUUACUUUUCUUUGUCAAAAUUCAAGCGCUGUUUAGCAACUGGUUUAUGCGGUGA